AUGGUGGACGAAAUCGAGACCGAAGAGCGCAAGGAGCUCGACCUUACUUCCUCCGAUGUCGUCACCAAGUAUAAGGCAGCUGCGGAGAUUGCCAACAAGGCACUCGCGACUGUGGCAGCACAGGCCAAGGCGGGAGCAAAGGUGCUAGAACUAUGCGAGCUCGGAGACAAGACUAUCAACGAGUUAUCUCAGGGCGUGUUCAAGAACGCCAAGAAGAAGAUAGAGCGCGGAGUGGCCUUCCCCACAUGCGUGUCCGUCAACAACAUCGUCUGCCAUUACUCCGCCGCUGCCGGCGACGAGGCUGCUCUCGCUAACGGCGACGUCGUUAAAAUCGACCUGGCGGCGCACAUCGACGGGUUCAUCUCGUCGGCGGCGCACACGAUUGUGGUCCAGGAGGACGCCGCCGCGCCCGUCACGGGCAAGGCCGCUGACGUCAUCGCCGCCGCCAACACCGCCGCAGAGGUCGCCUUGCGGCUCGUCCGACCGGGCAAGCACAACAAGGAGGUGUCGGAGGCGGUGCAGAAGGUAGCGGAGGCGUACGGCGUGCACGUGGUGGAGGGCGUGUUGUCGCACCAGAUGAAGCAGUUCGUCAUCGACGCCAACAAGGUCGUGCUCUCCGUCUCCUCGCCCGAGAUGCGCGUCGAGGACUUCGAGUUCGAGCCCAACGAGGUCUACGCUGUGGACAUCGUCAUGAGCUCCGGCGAGGGCAAGCCGAAGCUGGUGGACGAGAAGCAGACGAUGGUGUACAAGCGUGCGGUGGACAAGGCGUACAGCCUCAAGCUCAAGGCGUCGCGCGCCAUCUUUAGCGAGAUCAGCCAGAAGUUCUCCAUCAUGCCCUUCACUGCCAGGGCGUUGGAGACGAAGGCAGCACGGUUGGGGCUGGUGGAGUGCGUCAACCACGACCUGCUGCAACCCUACCCUGUGCUGCACGAGAAGCAAGGUGACAUCGUGGCGCACAUCAAGUUCACGGUGCUGCUCAUGCCCAACGGCUCGGACCGCAUCACAUCGGCCACGCUCCAAACACUGCAGCCCACGACUGAGCUGCAAGAUGCCGAGGUCAAGGCGUGGCUCGCCAUGUCUUACAAGACCAAGAAGAAGCCCGCUGCAAAGAAGAAGGCUGCUAAGGAAGCCAUGAGUCUCAUGUGGGUUGCCGUGGCCAGCCUCACCGGCCUCGAGGCGUUGCUACUCUUCCUCGUCACCCUGCCGCUCCCGCGUCCGCUCAUCUCUCGCUUUGUGCCGUUAAUUCUUGCGGCCCUUCAGCCACUCCUGGCGGUGGUGCCGUUUUGCCUUUUCUUCCUCCUCGACGUGUACUGGAAGUACGAGUUCCGCAUGGACUGCCGUGGCGGAGCAUGCACGUCAGCGGACCGCGACAGAUACCAGAAGUCGGUCAUUAAGAGCCAGCGCAACUUCAUCCUGGGUCUCUUCGGCAUCUUCCUCUACUGGGUGCUGUACCGCUACUGCAUGCUAAGCAUGAAGGUGAACAGGCUCGAGGCUCUCAUUCCUGCCGACAAGCCCAAGAGGGUCACCAAGGAUGCACCCAAGGAGGCGUCUAAGGAGCAGUAG